GGGACGCCUUCGCACUCGGCUGCCAUCUAACGGCCACCGAACGCCCGCUUCGCCCCGGGCCCAUCAUGUCUGCUGCAGCUUGGCUCGCACAGGCGGCGCGACAAUAAACAAGUCCAUCGGACGGAGCCCUGCACCCAGCAGAUGUGGCCGCCUCCUCAGCCCCUAGGAGAGAAGACGAGACUUUCUCGGAGUUUUUUAGAGCCACCAGACUGCCAGGAACGCCACAGGCGGAGAACAACGCUCUUCCUGCCCCUCAGACCCUUCUAAGGAUGCCGGAGAUAAAGAGUUCCAAAUAAUGACGAUCCUGCGCCGCUUCUAGGGAGGGAUAGAGAAAAAGCCCUGCAAACACCAGGAGCUGUGAGGCCACCAAGAGGAUGCGGGAGCCGAUCAAAUACUAAUUAGGGGCUGCGGCUGCGGGCUCUGUUCCGGGACAGAGGUGGCGGCGGGAUCUCGGUGGUCGCCGCGUGGGGAGAGAGUAGCCCAGUGGAGGAGCAGCCGGCCGAGCAGCCAAGGGGCCAGUGCCUCCUUCUCUCGCCCCCUCACUACCAUGUACAGUGUGCGCUGCAAGAAGAAGGAGGGCGAUGCGCGCACACCCUCGUGCCCCUCUCCCUUUGGCUGGUCCCGGGGCGUGCGCCACUGACCAGGGAGGAAUGUGGUGAAGACAGCAAUCCCCAGAGCCUAGGGGGGAGGGGAGGGCCUGCCGGUGCGACCCCAGGCCGGAGGGUACGAAGAGCUCCAGGCGGCUGAAGGGGGCGGCGACCACCUCUGGGUCGCACAAAGUUGCCCCCUAUGCAGAUGGGAACUGAGGUAAAAUGCACACUUGCUGCCCCCCAGUAACUUUGGAACAGGACCUUCACAGAAAAAUGCAUAGCUGGAUGCUGCAGACUCUAGCCUUUGCUGUAACAUCUCUCGUCCUUUCCUGUGCAGAAACCAUCGAUUAUUAUGGGGAAAUCUGUGACAAUGCAUGUCCUUGUGAGGAAAAGGAUGGCAUUUUAACUGUGAGCUGUGAAAACCGGGGAAUCAUCAGUCUCUCUGAAAUUAGCCCUCCCCAGUUCCCAAUCUAUCACCUCUUGUUGUCUGGAAACCUUUUGAACCGACUCUAUCCCAAUGAGUUUGUCAAUUACACUGGGGCUUCAAUUUUACAUCUGGGUAGCAAUGUUAUCCAAGACAUUGAGACUGGAGCUUUCCAUGGGCUGCGAGGUUUGAGGAGACUGCAUCUGAACAAUAAUAAACUGGAACUUCUUCGAGAUGAUACCUUCCUGGGCUUGGAGAACCUAGAAUACCUACAGGUCGAUUACAAUUACAUCAGUGUCAUUGAACCCAACGCUUUUGGGAAACUGCAUUUGUUGCAGGUGCUUAUCCUCAAUGACAAUCUCUUGUCAGGUUUACCCAACAAUCUUUUCCGUUUUGUGCCCUUAACGCACCUGGACCUGCGGGGGAACCGGCUCAAACUUCUGCCCUAUGUGGGGCUGUUACAACACAUGGAUAAAGUUGUGGAAUUACAGCUGGAGGAAAACCCUUGGAAUUGCUCCUGUGAACUAAUCUCUCUCAAGGAUUGGUUGGACAGCAUCUCUUACUCAGCCCUUGUGGGCGAUGUGGUUUGUGAGACCCCCUUCCGUUUACACGGCAGGGACUUGGACGAGGUAUCCAAGCAGGAACUUUGUCCAAGGAAACUUAUUUCUGACUACGAGAUGAGGCCACAAACUCCUUUGAGCACCACGGGGUAUUUACACACCACCCCAGCCUCGGUAAAUUCCGUGGCCACUUCUUCCUCUGCUGUUUACAAACCCCCCUUGAAGCCUCCUAAGGGGACCCGCCAGCCCAACAAACCAAGAGUACGCCCCACCUCUCGGCAGCCCUCUAAAGACUUGGGUUACAGUAACUACGGCCCCAGCAUAGCCUACCAGACCAAAUCCCCGGUGCCUUUGGAGUGUCCCACCGCGUGCACUUGCAAUCUGCAGAUCUCAGAUCUAGGCCUCAAUGUAAACUGCCAGGAGCGCAAGAUCGAGAGCAUCGCGGAGCUGCAACCCAAGCCCUACAAUCCCAAGAAAAUGUAUCUAACGGAGAACUACAUCGCAGUUGUGCGCAGAACAGACUUCCUGGAGGCCACCGGACUGGACCUCCUGCACCUGGGUAACAACCGUAUCUCUAUGAUCCAGGACCGAGCCUUUGCGGAUCUCAGCAACCUCAGACGCCUCUACCUGAAUGGCAACAGGAUUGAGAGGCUGAGCCCAGAGUUAUUCUACGGCCUACAAAGCCUACAGUAUCUCUUCCUCCAGUACAAUCUCAUCCGGGAGAUCCAGUCUGGUACUUUCGAUCCAGUCCCAAACCUCCAGCUGCUAUUCUUGAAUAACAACCAAUUGCAGGCCAUGCCCUCAGGCGUCUUCGCUGGCCUGACUCUUCUCAGGCUGAAUUUAAGAAGUAACCACUUCGCUUCCUUGCCGGUGAGUGGUGUUUUGGAUCAGCUGACUUCACUCAUCCAAAUAGACCUACAUGACAACCCUUGGGAUUGUACCUGCGAGGUGGUGGGUAUGAAACUCUGGGUGGAGCAGCUCAAAGUGGGGGUGUUAGUGGACGAGGUGAUCUGUAAGGCGCCCAAGAAAUUCGCGGAAACUGACAUGCGCUCCAUCAAGUCAGAACUGCUGUGCCCAGAUUAUUCUGAUGUAGUAGUUUCUACGCCCACGCCUUCCUCCAUCCAAGUACCCUCGAGGACCAGCGCGGUGACACCUACUGUGCGAUUGAACAGCACUGGUGGCCCCGCAGGCUUGGGCUCAGGCACAGGGGCAUCCUCGGUGCCCUUGUCGGUGUUGAUUCUCAGUCUGUUGCUGGUUUUCAUCAUGUCGGUCUUCGUGGCCGCUGGCCUCUUUGUGCUGGUCAUGAAACGUAGGAAGAAGAACCAGAGCGAUCACACCAGUACCAACAAUUCAGACGUGAGCUCCUUCAAUAUGCAGUACAGCGUGUAUGGUGGUGGAGGUGGCGGCAGCGCGGGCGGCCACCCUCACGCGCACGUGCACCACCGUGGACCUGCUCUGCCCAAGGUGAAAACGCCUGCGGGACACGUGUACGAAUACAUCCCCCACCCACUGGGCCACAUGUGCAAAAAUCCCAUCUAUCGCUCAAGGGAGGGCAACUCCGUGGAGGAUUACAAAGACCUGCACGAGCUCAAGGUCACCUACAGUGGCAACCACCACUUGCAGCAACAGCAGCCUCCACCGCCGCCGGUGCAGCCCCAGCAGCAGCCCCCGCCGCAGUUGCAGCUGCAGCCCGGGGAGGAGGAGAGGCGGGAAAGCCACCACUUACGGAGCCCCGCCUACAGCGUCAGCACCAUCGAGCCCCGGGAGGACCUACUGUCACCUGUGCAGGAUGCUGAUCGCUUUUACCGGGGCAUUUUAGAGCCAGACAAACACUGCUCCAGCACCCCUGCCGGCAACAGCCUACCGGAAUACCCCAAAUUCCCCUGCAGUCCGGCUGCCUACACUUUCUCCCCAAACUAUGACCUGAGACGCCCCCAUCAGUAUUUGCACCCGGGGGCUGGGGAGAGCAGGCUACGGGAACCGGUGCUCUACAGCCCUCCGAGCGCUGUCUUUGUAGAACCGAACAGGAACGAGUACCUGGAGUUAAAAGCAAAACUAAAUGUUGAGCCGGACUACCUCGAAGUGCUGGAAAAACAGACCACAUUUAGUCAAUUCUAAAAAACAAAGAAACUCCGCUGGAGCUUUUGCGUUUCAAACAAGCAAGCAAGCAAGCAGACACAGGUGGUGAACACGUUUGAUUAAUUGUGUCCUUUCCAUGUUUAGGGUGAAGUGCCUUGGCACGGGAUUCUCUGCCUCGGAGGAGGAUAACUGAAAGGGUGUGCAAUUUCCUUUUAAUUUUACACGCGGAAAGCGUUUGUGUAAACUGGGCACAUCAUUUUUUUCUUGUCUGUUGGGGAGGAGAGGAGAAGGGUUCUGUGGGGGGCGAUUUGCAGCGAGGGUGACUUUUACAGGUGCAGACAUUUUUGUAGUGGUUGGGAGUGCUAGGAAGGGUGGGAGAUGGAAGCGGCAAGCAGCAUAGAUUCUACUCCUUUUUUGUUCCCCCUCCUAUGUCCCCCUCUCCCACUUCAGGCCAUGGUAGGUCUAAAUGGUUUUGGUGGAGGGAUUAGCACGCCCCAACUUUAACAGGAAGUUUGUUCUCCCUUCCAGUCCCUCCUCUCCCACCUUCCUUCUUAUUCCUUUCCUUUGUUUUUAAAGGAUGUGUUUGUAUGCAUUCUGGACAUUUGAAUUUAAAAAAAAAAAAUCGUGUGAUCCAAAAACGGAGCACUGUAGAUGUGGACAGAUCAUUAAAAUUACAGAGCUAUAUGAUCCAUAAUUGAUUAGUCAAAAUAACUUAUUGAUGAAAUAUACAAAUAUUUUAUUGUAGCACCUAUUUUUAUAUGCACAUUUAGCGUUCCUCUUUCCUUCACUAUUUAGCCCAUGAUUUUUGCAGAGGUGUCACAUUGUAUUAGGAGCUGCAUUUCCGAACCUGAAAUGAUAGCAGAAAGGCCUUUUAAAUCUGUCAAAAUGUAGGCACUUAAUGGCAAAAAUCUUUAAAAGUCCAUGCAACCCAUCCACUUGGAUUUGUAAUUGAAAAUAAAAAAAUAAUAAUAAAAAGCUGAUCAUAGCCCAUUGUAUGAAAGGGGAAAAUGGGGGCAUUAAUUUGGUCAAUUGAGAAAUAUAUGAAAGUUUUGGUUACAUCAGAGAAGGCUGAAAAGUAUUUUUAUUGGUGAUCCCAAAUGAUGUCUCCAUUUGACUACUAUUGUAGCCGAUUUUUGAUUGUGUAACCAUACCUAGUUGCAUUCCUACAGAUCCUUGUGCACUUGCACCUCAGAAGACCAAAAGAUGGACUAUACAAUCUCUAUACAAUGUCUUUAUCCCUCUGGGCAGAUGAUAAUGACAAACAGGAUUUCUGUAAGGUGGGGCUACUGUUGUUACAGUCUCAUAUGUAUCCCAGCACAUGUAAUUUUUUAAAUAGUUUCUGAAUAAACACUUGAUAACUA